ACAGAGUGUGUUGCGCUCGUGGCUGCGUUCAACAGGAGUCAAAAGACAACCGCGCGCGCAUUUUAUAACUUAAAGGCUAUUUAAUUCAUGAUAAAGAAGACUACAGAAUCCUUUUUUCGGUUCAUUUUGCAUCGAUUCCCACCAUUUAUAAGUGACAUGUUUCCGUUUUCCGCUUGAGCGAAACCCUCUCGCGCGCGUUUGGAACAGAGUGCAUCGCGCGCGGUCUCCAGUCCUCUUGAGAUAUUUUAUAUCAUAAGACUUCUUGACAUUUUCGCCAUGGCACAGCCACAGAACGGAUCUAACCUAACGGGGAACUUUACUAAUCAGUUUGUGCAGCCGCCGUGGCGCGUCGCGCUCUGGUCUGUGGCGUACAGCUCCAUCCUGGCGAUCGCGGUGUUCGGGAAUCUGAUCGUCAUGUGGAUCAUUCUGGCUCACAAGCGGAUGCGAACCGUCACCAAUUACUUUCUGCUCAACCUAGCGUUUUCAGAUGCAUCGAUGGCCGCCUUCAACACUUUGAUUAAUUUUGUUUAUGCCACGCACGGUGACUGGUAUUUUGGAGAAGCCUACUGUAAAUUUCACAACUUUUUCCCGGUCACCUCUGUCUUUGCCAGCAUUUACUCCAUGAGCGCAAUAGCAGUCGACAGGUACAUGGCCAUCAUCCAUCCCCUGAAACCACGGCUCUCAGCCACGGCUACUAAGGUGAUCAUUGUGUGUAUUUGGAUACUGGCUGUGGUUUUGGCCUUUCCUCUGUGUUUCUUUUCAACCAUCAAAAAAUUACCCAAGCGGACCCUCUGCUACGUUGCCUGGCCGAGACCUUCAGAGGACCCUUUCAUGUAUCAUAUUAUAGUGGCUUUGCUGGUGUAUGUUCUGCCCUUGGUGGUCAUGGGAAUUACCUACACUAUUGUCGGGUUGAUGCUUUGGGGAGGGGAGAUUCCUGGAGACUCAUCAGACAACUAUCAGGGCCAGCUGCGAGCCAAAAGGAAGGUGGUGAAAAUGAUGAUCAUCGUAGUGGUGACCUUUGCCAUCUGCUGGCUGCCAUACCAUGUAUAUUUCCUCGUUACAGGGUUGAACAAGCAGCUGGUUAGAUGGAAGUUUAUUCAGCAGAUCUAUUUGUCGGUCAUGUGGCUUGCCAUGAGCUCCACCAUGUACAACCCCAUUAUUUACUGCUGCUUGAACAGCAGGUUUCGGGCCGGCUUUAAACGUGUUUUCCGCUGGUGCCCAUUUGUGCGGGUGUCGGACUAUGACGAGCUUGAGCUGCGGGCCAUGCGGCAUAAAGUAGCACGCCAGAGCAGCAUGUACACACUCUCACGAAUAGAGACCACCGUCGUAGCCGUUUGUGACCCCUCAGAGCCAACCAGCCACCCAGGCAGGAAGAGCCUUCACAACAACCAGCACAACGGCUGCUCCAACCCCACCAAGAGCAAAGAAGAAAUGCAGAGCGACUUGAAGGAAGAAUUCUGCUGAGAUAGACCUUUAAUGAAAGCUGGUGUUUGGUUUGUACUGUUCAAUGAAGCUUCCAGCGGAGCAGCAGUGAGGGGUCUGUUUCUCAAAUUGAUGGUCUGUGAUGUAUGUGUCCUCUUGUUGUUGAUCAUUGGGCCAUUCACAUUCUGGCCUGGUUAGAUCUAGUUCGCUUUCUUCUUUAAAGACAGUAGUCACGGUAGAGCCUUAAUCUUUUGAAAGAACAGACUGAUGAGUUUCUAAGGAAAAAAAAAUUGUAAAUAAGUAUUAUGUUUUCUACACUUAAUUUUGAUAAUCAUAAGGUUCCUCAACAAUGUUUUCUUAAUUAAGGUAACAAAAGACUGGGGUAAUGGCUGAUACAAGUGAGGCUUUGCAUGUAUCAGAAGCAAAAUAUUGAUUUAGUAAAUAUAAACAAAUAUAGAUGUAUAAAAGUAAAAAUAAACAGUUAUAAUAUUUUAAUUAUCAUAAUAAUGUAUUAUUAUUAUAGCCUUUAUCAUACCUCUUUUUUGUAGUCUUGUCAAAAAAAAAUAGAAAAAAAAUUAGGUUACAGAUAAAAGGUUUUUCUUAAAAUUGAUGAAAGUAUUUCAACACCUGAAAGGACUCUUACCUUGCUAGCUUCAGAGUGAUGCAAGUGCCCCAUUUAAAUUUUCUCUCUUAUCUUGUCCUUAGGUUGUCUUUCAGGGUUUGUACUUAAGUCUUAUGAUAUGCUCCAAGUCUGUGCUCUUGCUUUGUGUCUUUAUUUUAAGCACUGUGUUAUGGGGAUCCCCUCUGCAGGGCUCAUAUGUUUAAACAAGUAAAUACUGUUCCCCCCAAAAUGAAAAUCUGUUGUCAUUUACUCGCCCUCAUGUCAUUCCAAGCGCGUCUUUCUUCUGAGGAACACCAAAGAAGAUAUGUUCACACAAAGACAAAAUUGUUAACUGAGAUAUAUAUCAAAAUAUUUUGGUGUUUCGCCGAAAUAAAAAGGUUUGCAACAUUAGGGUGAGUAAAUGAUCCAGGCUCAAGGUUUAUUAUUACAGAUUUGCAUAGAUGUUUCUCCAGCAGAGUACAAACAGUUUUCCUCCGUUCUUUUCGUUUUACCCAUUUAGAAGCAAUUAGGCUGUAACCCAUCACUAAAAAACAAAAAACAAGAUAUAUAGCUUGCUUAGCCUUAGGCAUUAAUUGGUUAAGCCUGAGGAGUGCCGGCCACAAACUUGACUCAUAAGUUGUUGCUUGGAAAACAUGUCUGGAGGCCUUGGUAUGCUCACCCUCGCUGCACCAUCAAUUGCAAGUUUAAUGGAUUUUUUCCAGGUGAGGAAAGCCAGCUGUGGCCACUCUGAUGAAAGCUGUUUGUGCUCAUUCUUAGGGCACAUGUGUGUACCCAAACAUGUAAGCAUUAAUGCAUGUAUACAGCAUAUAUUCAUCAUAAUAUAGUGAUUUAUUUUAAUUAUAUAUAUAUAUAUAUAUAUAUAUAUAUAUAUAUAUAUAUAAACUCAACUUUGUCCUUUGAUGUUGUUAGAAAAAAAAGCACUUCUUGCAUUUUGCGGCCUGGUUCUUGUCUCUUAUCAGCUCUUUCAAACACUUGCAUUGUUCUGUGUUGUUUAAGUGACUUCCCUUGACUAUUUUGAACCUUUUUUUCUUGCAUAGUUUCUUUGUUUCAGUGUUAAUUUUGUUGAUGUUCAGCAUCUUACAUAUCAGUAACUUUUAAUUUGUGCAUAGCUGCACUGCUUUUUGGACAAGCCUACAAUUGAUUUUCAUUGAAACAGGCCAAUGCACCUGCCUAGCGAAUACGCUGAGACCAUUUGAAAGUAUUAACAAUGAAUGUAGAAUAUGUCACUGUCAUGUUUUGGCAGUGUUGUACAUUCAUAGUAUAUAGUACAGACAAUGAAUGAAUGAUUACACCAUUAUCAACUCCCAUCUGUCUGAGUGAAGACUUGUGAAUGUUUACAUGUCAAAGCAUCAGAGCAUGUCCUUCUUGCCUUAUCACUGCGUUUCUGAAAUUUAUGUAUGCUUUUUUAAGUUAAAAAGGUCUACAGUUUGUCAUGUAUUUUGUUGAUUCCAGUGUAUAUAGAAUAAAGAAACAUACAUUGCGGUCCCCAAAUGUUUAAUUGUGUUUGAGGUCUGAGGCUUUAUAGACUUAUGCGAGACAUUCAUCUUAUAAUUUACCACAUGGACAUUUGAUUUACUGUGUAUACUGUAGUUAUGUAAGUACUGAAAUACACUAUGUACUUGUGGAUGUUUGUGCAGGUUCUUACAUGUAUUAUCUAACACAGAAUUAUUAUAUUUAAUUAGAUAAGCUUUGAGAUUUUACAUUUAAAUAAAAAAUGAUUGUAUAAUAAUGUCGUAUAACUAUAAGCUCAAAUUUUAGUAUGCUUUAUUGAUAGCUUGUGACAAAUAAGCAUUUUAAUUGAAUGUUUCAGCUGUGUUUUCAUUUUUAAAACGAGCAAACUUGCCAUUUUCACUGGCUAAAUGAUUAUACUGGUAUACAAGCGUUCUCAUUUUUCAAAGAAUAGUUUACCCAAAAAUGAAGAUUUGCUAAAAAUGCACUCAACUGCAGGCCAUGCAAUAAGUAGAUGAGGUUAUUUCUUCAUCUAAACAGAUUUGGAGAAAUUGACAUGACUUGCUCACUAGUGUACCCUCUGCAGUGAAUGAGAGUCUGAGAGAGUUGAUAAAAACAACCUAGUAAUCCACAUGAUUCCAGUCCAUCAUCACUUUGGAUCUUGGGAAUGAUAAAAAAACAAAUCUAUCAUUAAAGUGUUUUAACUUUAAACCAUUGGCUAAAAUAUGAGUCUGUUAUUCAUUAUUCAAAAUACUUUCUCAAAAUCCACUGACAUAUUUGUUUAGAUCUGUUUUGGACUUAAUCUUUGCAUAGUUCUGUAUUGAUUCAGACGGCUUUUACAUUACAUAGAAGUUAAUUGAUGGAUGGGAGUGAUGUGGAUUAUUGUGAUGCUUUUAUCAUCUGAUUGGCCUCUCAAUCUGACGGCACCCAUUCACUGCAGAGGAUCCAUCGGUGAGCAAGUGAUGUAAUGCUACAUUUCUCCAAAUCUGUUCAAAAGGAGAAACUAACUCAUCUACGUCUUUGAUGGCUUGAGGGUGAGAAGCAAAUGUUCAUUUCUGGCUGAACUAUUCCUUUGAGGAAGGUUAAAAACUGUGGGAUAAAGCUUGUUGUUAUGUAAGACGUGUUUUUUUUACAAAUGACUAGCUUUUUUGAUAAUGGUGUUGUCUGAUCUUGCACAUGAUGGAGCGGUUAUUAAUUUGUGCAGUGUUUACUGUGAUUCUUAACUGUGUUUUUUAAGUUGAAUGUGUUUGGUUUAAAAGCUCUGUAUCGCCAAUGUUUUUGUUAGAUAUUUUGACUCUAGUGCAAAGUCUUGUAAUUGCCAAACUGUGAUUGUUGGAAAUAAAUGUGUUCAAACUUCAAA